UGGAUUAACUGCUGCUAAACUGUGAUUCGAAAAUUAGUUCGCAUUAGAAUCUAAUAGAUUUAAGAUUUAAAAAAUGAACUCAUCUACUGAGGAUUCAGGACGUCAUGUGACCAUCAACAACCCAGCAGACAUCAUCGUAAUUAUCAGCUAUUUCGUGAUCGUCAUUGGAGUUGGAAUUUGGUCCAUGUUAAGGACCAACCGCGGCACAGUAGGUGGCUACUUCCUCGCAGGGAGAACCAUGGUGUGGUGGCCAGUGGGAGCAUCUCUGUUCGCUAGCAAUAUAGGCAGUGGCCAUUUUGUUGGUCUGGCAGGAACAGGUGCAGCCAGUGGGAUUGCUGUAGGAGGUUUCGAAUGGAAUGCUUUAUUCAUUGUUCUGCUGUUGGGCUGGCUGUUUGUUCCAGUGUAUUUGACAGCUGGAGUGAUCACAAUGCCACAAUACCUAAAGAAAAGAUUUGGUGGGACAAGAAUCAGUCUGUACCUCUCGGUCAUCUCACUUUUCCUGUACAUCUUCACAAAGAUCUCCGUGGAUAUGUUCUCUGGAGCUGUGUUCAUACAGCAAGCCCUCGGAUGGAAUAUCUACAUCGCAGUCAUUGCUUUGCUUUCCAUAACCGCGCUCUACACUGUGACAGGUGGUUUGGCAGCUCUGAUGUAUACUGACACAGUCCAGACCUUUGUAAUCAUUGCAGGAGCUUUUGUCCUUAUGGGAUUCUCCUUUAAAGAGGUUGGAGGCUACAACGCUUUAUUAGAGAGAUAUAGUAAAGCUUUACCAUUAAUAAGCUUGUCCCCAGACCUGCAGCACCUUAAUAUCUCCAAACACUGUUACACACCGCGUGAGGACGCAUUCCACCUCCUGAGGGAUCCUGUGACUGGUGACCUGCCAUGGCCUGGGGUGUUAUUUGGCAUUGCAAUUGUGGGAGGAUGGUACUGGUGCACAGACCAGGUCAUUGUUCAGCGCUGUUUGGCUGCCCGCAGUCUGACCCAUGUCAAGGCUGGAUGUAUCUUGUGUGGCUACCUGAAACUGCUGCCUAUGUUUCUUAUGGUGUUCCCAGGGAUGAUCAGCAGAGUCCUUUACCCUGAUGAUGUCGGGUGUGUGGUGCCAAACGAAUGUAAGAGAGUAUGUGGGACAGAAGUUGGCUGCUCAAACAUUGCAUACCCAAAACUGGUGGUCUCGGUCAUGCCCAAUGGAUUGAGGGGAUUAAUGCUUGCUGUCAUGCUUGCCGCCUUAAUGAGUUCAUUAGCCUCCAUCUUCAACAGCAGCAGCACCUUGUUCACCAUGGACAUAUGGACGCGCAUCAGACCUCAAGCCAGAGACAGAGAGCUCAUGAUAGUUGGCAGGAUAUGGGUGCUGUGCAUUGUUGCAAUCAGCAUUUGCUGGAUCCCCGUGGUCCAGGCCGCCCAGAGUGGUCAGCUAUUCGAUUAUAUCCAGUCAGUGACUAGUUACCUGGCCCCACCGAUUGCAGCCGUCUUCUUUCUGGCUAUUUUUGUGAAGAGAGUUAAUGAGUCGGGGGCUUUCUGGGGCCUGAUGGGCGGCCUGCUCAUGGGUUUGUGCCGCAUGGGUCCUGAAUUUUACUUCGGAUCAGGCAGCUGUCUCGCUCCUUCCAAAUGCCCUACUCUCAUCUGUGGGGUUCAUUACCUGUACUUUGCGGUGCUUCUCUUCUUCUGUACUGGUAUUCUAGUGCUCCUGGUGAGCUACUGUACCCCAGCUAUAGACGACAAGCACCUUCAUCGACUGGUCUUCGGCCUGCGAUACUCAAAGGAACAGAGGGUAGACCUGGACUGGGAGGAAGAGGAACGAGGAAGGAACGCUCGCAGAGAAGCGGAGGCAAAAAAUAAAGCCGCGUGUGAGGAGGAGAAAACUAAAAAUGUUGGAACGUCUAGACUUGGCUGUUUAAUUGGAUGGUUCUGUGGCUUAAGUGGCUCUCAGGAUCCUGAACCUACCGAAGAAGAAGUUCAAGAAGCAUCAAAACAACUGCCAGAUAUAAGCGAAGACCCGGUGUCUAAACACUUUGUCAAUGCUAAUGCGCUGAUCAUGAUGGCAGUGGCUGUCUAUUGUUGGGCUUUCUAUGCAUGAGAAGAACUUUUGUUCCACAUUUGGCUUUAUAUUAUGUGAAAACAAUCAGCAUGAAACAAUAUCACAGAUUUUAUUAAGUAGUUCGGGGAUACAGUACAUUAUUCUUUCCUUGUAAUUUAUAAAAU